AUUAAUUAUAUAUUAAUAUCAUAAUUAUGAUAUUAAAUAUUGUUUUUUUUAUACGACUGCUUAUUAUACAAGUAAAUUUAUGCAACUAUAUUAAAGGUGUUUUAGCUGGAAUCUGUUUUCAUUUACAUUGGAUAAAAGGCAAAGAAACAUUGGAAAAAUGGCAAACUAAAGUUACGUUGCAAAAUUUAAAUUCUAUGGGUUUUGUAAGUGCUGUACUUUGCAUAGUUGCAAUGAUUUGGUACCUGUUUCUUACAUUUUACUAUAAAAUUUCUAUUCAACCAAUUUCUGAGAGCACUAUCAUACCAGCAGUAUGGUCUAUGAUCUGUGGAAAAUGGAGUAUUACAUUGAUGUAUUAUUCAAAUAAAUAUGGAUUAUUGAUCCAAGAGGAAACAUCACCAUUACUCAUAGACAAUGCUUGAUGAUAUGACAUAAUUAUUGAUAUUUUUACAUAAAAUUAUUUUUAUAAAUUUUUUACAAAUAACAAAUAUAUAGACAAAUAUAUAGAUCAAACUUAUUCAAAUUCUUAUUUGAGAAUAAAAUGUGUUCUCCUUUUUAUUAACUUGCUAAAUAAUAUGAUAAAAAAA